UUAUUCAACCUCUGGUUAAGUCUCAUUUUAGUCGACGAAAGCAGAAUUGAUUUUUCAUUACGCUGAAGCGAAACUGCUCGGCUCUUCGCGCCAGCCUGAGCGUCUUCGUUUAGGCGACGACACGCUGCCAGCCCCAGGUGCCCGGAUAGGAUUGUCGCCGGUUACCUACCUCCCGAAGUCCGGGAUGUCUUUCCGGGCGAAGCCGAUCCCCGGCCAGCUACUGUUGGACGACACCGUCCCGCUAACGGCAGCGAUCGAAGCCAGCCAGAACCUCCAGUCCCACACGGAGUACAUCAUUCGAGUACAGAGGGGAGUGUCCUCAGAGAACAGCUGGCAGGUCAUCCGUCGCUACAGUGAUUUUGACGUUCUCAACAACAGUCUGAUGGUGUGCGGCGUCAGCCUUCCCCUCCCGCCCAAGAAGUUGAUCGGCAAUAUGGACCGCGAGUUCAUCGCCGAGAGGCAGCGUGGCCUGCAGACCUAUCUGGACACCGUUACCCAGCAUCCUUUGCUGUGCGUCGCCCUGCCCGUCAAGAAAUUUCUGGACCCCAACAAUUAUUCUUCCAACUACACAGAGAUCGCCCUGCAGCAGGUCUCCAUGUUCUUCCGCUCAGAUCCCAAGUGGGUGGUGAUGGAGCCACUCCGAGACCUUGGCUGGAGGAUCAGGAAAAAGUAUUUCCUGGUCAAAAACAAAGAACAAGCCAAGGAGAGGUACCUGCUCAGCUGGGUGGACUUGGGCCCUGACAAGUUCCUGUCUGACAAAGACCUGCAGUCGACCAUGAAGCUCCUCACCAGCCUCUCUAGUCCUUACGUGUGUCCGCUGCUGUUCUCCAGCACGAGCGAGUCUACGGCGUUGCUCAUCCGACCUUUCAGCGAGGCCGGCUCCCUGCGAGAUCACAUCUGUAAGGUGAAGCCCAGAGAGAACUACCUGAAAAAGUAUGGCAACCCCAAAAAGAGUCAGCCUCUCGAACUGUCGGAAAUCAAACUCUACGGCCGACAGAUACUGGAGGGCCUCCGACUGCUCCACGACGGCGGGCUUUUUUACGGCCACCUGCAGGCCUCCAACGUGAUGUUAGAGCAGGGCGUGUGUCGCCUGACGGACGUGGAGAACGGCAUGCUGGGAGUUCCCUCGGUCCUGCGACCCGCCGUCACCCACUUCAGGAAGAUUAAUACGAUUGAAAGCAUGGACGUCUUCUGCUUUGGACAUUUACUUUACGAGAUCACUUACGGCCGACCGCCUGACAACGUCCCUGUGGAUAAUUAUCCCGACAUCCCUUACACCGCUGUGGUGUCGGUGCUGCAGUCCAUCUUGUCGACAGAGGCCUGCAAGUCAGGGAUGCCAACAGUGUCGCAGCUCAUUCAGACACCGCUGUUCAGCGACGUUCCGCUACCGCACUCUGAGAAAGCGCAGAUUCGGGUGCCGAGCAGGCUGAAGGAGGCCCUGAGGGCGGCAAAGGAGCGUGUGGAGAAACGUUUGCAGGAGGAGCAGAAAAUGCUGCACCAGCACAAGAGGCUGACCAGAGCGCAGUCCCAUCACGGCUCCGAAGAGGAGAGGAAGAGGAGGAAGAUCCUGGCCAGGAAGAAAUGCAGGCAGUCCACGUAUGAAAACGACGACGAUGUCUCUGUCCGGAACAACAAUAACUCUGGCUCGGGCGCCAGUUCCCCUCCCACGUGUCCCUCGUCCCCCAUGCCGCCGCCCACCACAGGUGGUCCUCCCGCACCUCCUCCCCUUCCCGCGCUGGAUUCCUCCUCGUCCUCCUCGUCCUCCCGCUCCUCCUCCGCGGCCGGGCCCCUUCCCGUAGGUCGUGCCGCCUUGCUGAGCUCCAUUCAGGCCUUCAGCAAAGGCAACCUGAAGAAGGCCCAGACCGAAGACCGCAGCCGGCCCGUCUUCUGACCGCCGCUGUCCUCCCAACGCUCCCUGACAUGUGAAGACAAAUCCCCUUACAAAACAAUCGCCGUGUUUAGUUUUUUUGUUUGUUUGUUUGUUUUUUGACAUUGGGAACGGAGCCGAAACGAGCUCCCACCUGCCGAAUGCUGGAAAUGUGAAGGUUGACCUUGUGUGGUGAAGAUAACAAACACCCAGCCGCUUUCUUCCAGAUUGUUCUCGAGCCAGACAUCUGUUGCUAUGGCUGCUUCCUGAUUGCACAGCCUGCAACUCUGCAACGAGAACAUCAUCUUCCCUCUGACCGAGACGCAUUAUCUAGAGGAAGCGUUUCUAAAAUUAAAUAAAUGAAUAAAUUCAGAGUAAAUUGGGCAAACAAUCAAAAUGAUCCUUUUUUCCCCCCCAAAAUAUCAAUUUCUUCAUUAAAAAAAGUUUUAUGGAAAAAUGUUCAAGAAGAGCAUGUAUCUCCAGUGUAAGUUUCUCAGCAAAAAUAAACAAAAGAGACGUUUUUUUUUCAUAGUUUAUAUUUUAAAAAUGCAACAAAAAACUUUAUGGUUGCAAGUUUUUGCUGGAAUUUUCUAAAAAUGUCCAAAAACAGAGGAGGGACCAUUGCCGUAAAUAGUAGUGAAAAUGAUUUGCAUUUUAUUUCUUUAUAAAGUGCAGAAACAUCCAGUUGAAAGUACAUACAGUACCUCCAUAUUGUUAACCCCACCACCCUGAAAAACAAGAGAAAAAGAUUAUUGGCAAAACUUGUUUUUUAAUCCGAUGGAAAAUCUGUGUCGUCUUUUUGUUUUUAACUGCAAAAUGAGCACAACAACUUGGCCAAAAGUCACAACAUUUGGAGAUGCAUAUUUUUCUAUACAGCAGUUGUAUAUAUGUUCAACCCAUUCAAGGCAUGUUUAACUGAACUACAUCAGCGGUGUGCUCACUCUUGUCAAUGAGCAAGACUUCCAAGGACUGUCCUUGUGCGACCUAUUUAAAAAAAAUAUAGAGAGAAAAAAAUAUAUAUAUAACAAUGUCUACUCAUGUCAUGCAAAAAGGUUUGCACCAUCAGAGCUUUUAUUAUUAUUUUAUUGUGCCAUAUAUGUAUGAUAUGAUCCUUGUGCCUGGAGAUGAAUGUCUUGUGUUUAACAUUACAGAUUGGAUUUGGGAGGGCAUUUUUUUUCCAAGCGUCAGCGAUUGUUUGAAUGUAUGUGGCUUGUUUUUGCGCCCUGUUGCAUUCCACUUGAAUUGUGGCCGAAUGUUCCUCUGCAGCACUUUACCCUUUAAAGGCAAAAUUUGUGACUUCAAUAUUAAACAAUAAAGACUCAGUGUGUGAUGCUUUGAGCAUAAUAAUA